GCUGUUGCUCUCAUGGAUCGUAGGAAGAAGCCUCUGGAUGUGACUGUUGCUUCGCUGGUAGACUUGAAAGCUGAGCUUUUCCGAAAACAAGAAGAGUUCAAAAAAGAAAAAUUUCAGAAAGAUGCUGGAACCUUUGUAAAAACCAAAGUGACAAACAAGAAGCCGAGCAUCUGGACUAAGCAGAACAAAGGUGUUUCAGAUCGAGUGGAGAAAGACGCUGAGCAGAAGAUAGAAGAGCAGCAAACGUUGGAUAAUGCAAGACAUAAACUGGAAGAGAAAGCAAAAUUGUACGAGAAGAUGACAAAAGGAGACUUUCCAGACGAAGAAACGGAGGAUUUGUACCUCGUGGAUUUCACUCAGAAGAUAAUAGACAAACAGCGAGAAGUACGAGAGCUGUGUGCAAAUGAAGCUGCUAGGGCAGCAGCUGAGAAGGAGAAUGAAGACGAGAGACUCUCUGAAAUGGAGAUUCCACCUCCACAGGAUCCCACUGAAGAAUGGGUUGACUAUGUGGACUCCUUGGGCAGAUCAAGACGUUGUAUGAAGAAGGAUCUGCCACAUCUACUUCAAAUGGAUAAUGAACUUCAGGGGAAGAGGCAAGUGAGCGAAGAGAAGACUCUGUUGUCUGAAGACAUGAGAAGGGAACUUCAACGUCAGCAAUGGGAACGAGAGGAAGAAGAGGCCAUGAAGAGACCUGUGGGACCAAUACAUUAUGAGGACAUUCGUGAACAUGAGGCCAGACAGCUUGGUGUUGGUUAUUUUGCCUUUGCCCGUGAUCAGGCUUUGAGGAAAAAGCAGAUGGAAACAUUAGAAAUGCUCAGAGAUCAGACCACAGACCAGAGAGUGAAACGUGAGCACUUAAAGGAGAAACGCAAGGCUAUUCUGGAGGCCAGGCUGUCCAAACUUCGGGCAAAAAAGCGCUUAAAAGAGGGCAACACAGUCGAAAAUGAAGAGGAGGAAGUUGCUGAGCCAGCGCCUGCCGAACCCACACCCAAGGAAGUGGCAAGAUCUGCUGCGGAAAGUAGGAAAGUGGAGGUUGUCAUUCAGGAGCGGAAAGAUACAAAACCUGGGGUGCCCUACGUUCGUGAAUGGGACAGAGGCAAAGAAUUCACUUUUGGAAUGUGGUCAAAGAAGCAGUCGGAUCUCAGGAAUGAACGAGACCCAGAAUUUGCACCUCCUUCCAGUUAUUAUUUGGGUCAGAAGGGAGAGCCUGAGUUUAAAAGCCAGAAUUGGAACAAAACUAGAGCCUCAUAUGAAGAAAGGGAACAUAAUACAACGGAGAGCUCGCCGUCCCCAUCAGCAGAGAGGGAUGGUGGCCAUUCGCAGAGCACUUGGGGGCCCCCCUCGCAGGCCUCCAGCAGCGACCUGCCAAAGGAGCAGCCUGUCUACCACAGUUUAGAUGAUAUGCUCUCCUACUACAAGCAAGUGACAUGA